AUGGAAAGACCCUUCUACGGGCGGACAGGGGCGUUAGAUGACGUGCGUCAAGGCCUCCCCGUCAUGGCGUCACGUCUUUCAGUGGGCCGCUCUCUCAAGUGGUUUCCAUCGUUGCUGACAGUGCCGCAGCGUGUUCUUCACAGCAUCACAGAGGGGGACGGUGUCGACCAUAGUAUUCUCCACCUACUUCGAGUGGCGUGCGUUUACGAGGAACUGCGGAGAAGGCACACAGACGGCACACGCCACGGGGCCCUGCUUCACGAUGUGUUGAAGUGGCAUCAACUUUCGCUUGGCGAAGGCGACAACUGCCCUUCUGCGAAUGCUGCGGACGAGAUGUUCCAGCCGUAUCUUCCAGCGUACAACAUCUGCGUGCUGAAGGAUGGGCAGCCUGUGGCCACGCACGCCGCGGUCUCACGCCGGGCCGUGACACUUUUAGGUAAAGAUCGGGACGUGAACGACAUCCCCACUGACCACCCGAGUUGUUCCGCCCAACAUGCUGCACUGGAGGUUCGCUUUGUGUACGCCUACGCUGAGGAGUUGGAUCAGCAGACAACGGCGUACAUGGAGGGGAGGAAGAUGGACUGGGGCUUGACGCAGGACAUUGGCGAACUCUACGCUCAUGUGCGUGAGACGAUGGCGAAGUUGGGCGACGGCGCGGACGCAUGGUCGGUGGAGUUGCAGGUGUUGGACCUGGGCUCAACCAACGGCACACGCCUCAACGGUGAGCGACUGCAGCCAUUUGUUUCGACAACACUGAUCGAAGGUGACAUUUUGACCUUCGGGCUUUCGACGAGGAGUUACGUUGUGGUUCGGCCGUAG